CCUUGUCCAUGAGUUUUUUGGAAAGAUGAAGAGAAGUGGGGAAGCCCUAAAAGCUCUUAGUUAUAAAGUUCUUGUAAAAGCUUUCUGGGGAGAGGGGAGAGUCAAUGAAGCCAUUCAAGCGGUGAGGGAAAUGGAACAAAGAGGAGUUGUUGGAAAUGCCUCAGUGUAUUAUGAGCUGGCUUGCUGCCUUUGCUACCAUGGGAUGUGGGAAGAAGCAUUCUUGGAGAUUGAGAAGCUGAAAAUGCUACAUCACACAAGACCUUUGGCGGUUACCUUUACUGGCAUGAUUUUGUCAUCCAUGGAUGGUGGAUACGUUGAUGGUUGUAUAUGUAUAUUUGAGCACAGUAAAAAGCACUGCGAACUUGACAUAGGAAUCAUAAAUGCCAUGUUGAAGGUUUAUGGCAAGAAUGAUAUGUUCUUUAAGGCUAAGGAAUUGUUUGAGUGGGCUAAGACAGAGAAUCCUGGUCCUCAACUUUGCCAGGGUAACUUUAGUUCUUCCCAUAGCCCAGAUGCAUAUACGUACACCUCAAUGCUUGAGGCCUCUGCUUGCUCUCUCCACUGGGAAUACUUUGAGUGUGUGUACAAGGAGAUGGCCUUAGCUGGGUAUCAGCUUGAUCAAAGUAGACACGCGCACCUCCUGGUGGAAGCAUCAAAAGCUGGGAAGGUGCAUUUGCUAGAGCAUGCCUUUGAUGCAAUACUGGAAGUUGGUCAAAUACCUCAUGCAUCUUUCUUCUUUGAGAUUCUGUGUCAAGCCACCAGUCAACAUGAUUAUGAUAGAGCUGUUGCUCUAAUUAAAUCAAUGGUUCAUGCUCCAUUUCGAGUCAGUGAACAACAGUGGAUUGACCUAUUUAACAACAAUGGUGAAAGAUUUAGCCAUUCUAGUUUGAGAGGAUUAUUUGAUGUGCUAUGCAGUCAAGCCUUGGUAUCAGACUCGUCCAUUGUAAACUUGUGUAGUGCCUUGGAAUCUCUUUGUGGAUCUUACACAUCAAGAGUGCUUUCAAUCGAUGAAUCUGUUAAAUUUGCAACAGAUGCCUGUGCUACGACAGCUGAUAAGGAUAGAAGUUUAUAUACAUGCAAUGCUCCUGCUAAUAUAGAUGAAUUUAACCUUCAGUAUGUUCAUGCUGAUGAAGGUGACUGUAGUGAUGAAGCCUAUGUCCAUUCCUCUGAUGCCAGAGAAAAAGGUGUCAAUAGGGAGUUAAUUUCGGAUAUGUCACACUUAAGUCAAAGAGAAGAUGAGAGGGCUGGGACCAGCACAAUCUCUGAGCUUUCUGAUGAACUACUAACAUUUGAUGACCAAUUUGAAUACCUGGAUGAUAUAGAUCAGUUAGGACUCGGGAUAUCUAGUGAUGAAGAUGACAAAUCUUGUGAAACCAAGGUGCCUUCAGCACAAGAAAUAUUAGAGACAUGGGAGGAUAUGAGGAAAAAAGAUGCUACAUUUUUCUCCUUUCAGUUGGGGAUGUGAGUUCUCUCUUUCACAGAAAUUGCUCCUUGUGAUAAGCCAAAGCCAACCAAAUGAUGCUGGAGACUGGCUGUGAUAAAGGGCGGAAAGAUUUAUACGCCGUGGAUUCUAAGUAGUAAAUGUAGAUUCUAAGUUAUGUAUUAAACUUAUAUA